GUUUGGGUGCGACCGUCGAUGGGAGUGGUGGAGGCGCUUAAACACGCAAGUCGGCGACACACCACAGAUCCCUCAUUGUUUCAUUUUGACGGACGGACGCCCACAAACCUCUACUUGUACUAUGGUACGUGUGCGUGUCCAGUGAGUUGCCGUACGUGGAGGCGGAGAGUCAGCAAAGGAGAUAAGCUAGGAUGAAGACACGUAGCAGUAACUGUACGUACAAAUGGCGGGGCCGCGGUGGGUAGAGACGGUCUUCAACAAGCGAGAGUGUAUCAAGUUCAUCCCGAGCAGCAAAGACAACGCCAGAUGUUGCUGUGGACAGCUGUGGCAGUAUCACCGCGAUGGGUCACCAGCCACCCUGCGGCACGGAGAAGACCUUCAUUGGAGUCCCUCAAGACACACACAGCUCCUCCCCACAGACGCCUAUGGCAUCCUCGAGUUCCAAGGAGGUGCACAUCCCACCAAGGCUCAUUACAUCCGGCUGGCUCACGACACAAGACCCGACAACACUCUACAGCUCCUUACCAGGGAGUGGGGACUGGACCUCCCAAAGCUCCUGAUCACAGUUCAGGGUGGAAAAGCAAACUUUGACCUCCAGCCAAAGCUAAAGAAAGUCAUCAGAAAAGGUCUGUUGAAGGCUGCCAAGACAACAGGCGCAUGGGUCUUCACGGCUGGCACAAACACAGGAGUCACCAGGCACGUGGGGGAGGCACUGGUGACAGAGAGCUCACUAAGAGUGCGCAGCGGCCACCUAGUGAGUGUGGGCAUUGCUCCCUGGGGCAUCAUUGAGAGGCGGCAGGACCUGGUGGGCCACAAUAAGGAUGUCCCCUACCACCCCAUCAAUUCACCAAAAUCAAAAUUUGUUGCUCUAAAUAAGCACCACACCUUCUUCCUGCUGGUGGACAAUGGAACAGUGGGCAAGUAUGGACCAGAGCUCAUUCUGCGCAGAAAGCUUGAAAACUACAUUUCAAAGCAAAGAAUUGAAACAAGAGGUGGUUUGGCAACUCCUGUUGUGUGUGUGGUCAUAGAGGGCGGACCUCAGACCAUCCGGCAGGUGCUGGAAUAUGUCACUGACUCCCCACCUGUCCCUGUUAUUGUUUGCGACGGAACGGGAAGGGCAGCUGACAUACUGGCAUUUGUACAUAAAUAUACUUACUCAGGAUUGAGCAUGAUAGAAGGAAGCCGUGAGACUGUGAUCAUGACUCUUGGAAGAGUGUUUGAGUUGAGGCCGGUGCAGGCAGAGAAGCUCUACACUGAGGUGCUGCAGUGCAUGCGCAAGAGAGAUUUGAUAACUGUUUUCCGUCUAAAAGAAGGCUCUGAGCUGGACCAGAGUAUCCUGUCUGCUCUCCUUCAUGCCCAGAGACUCAACCCUCCAGAGCAGCUGUCUCUUGCCCUCACCUGGAACAGAGUGGACAUUGCAAGGUCACAUGUCUUCUGUGAGGAUGUAGAAUGGUCCAAAGGUUCCCUUGAGCAAGCCAUGAUGGAUGCAUUAGUAAAUGAUCGCAUUGAGUUUGUUAAGCUCCUCCUAGAGCAAGGAGUUAUAAUGAACAGGUUUUUAACCAUCCAGAGACUUGAAGAACUCUACAACUCGAAAAGUGGACCUUCCAACACACUGCGGUACAUUAUUCGUGAUGUGAAGAAGAAUAUUCCUCGUGACUAUCGCUAUACUCUCAUUGACAUUGGCCUCGUCAUCAACAAAUUGAUGGGUGGAGCUUAUAGAGCUUAUUAUACAAGAAAGAAGUUCCGCACCACAUAUGAAAACACAAUGCUCAGGUCUCCACGGCUGCACCGCAACAACAGCAGCAUCUUCCAGGCCAGCAAGAGUCUGUUGCAGAAGAACCCCAAUAGCUCCCCAAAGUCUUACAUCAGCCAAGAUGACUUCUCUUUCAAGUUUGAGUUUGACUAUCCCUUCAGUGAACUUUUAGUGUGGGCAGUGUUGACCAAGAGGCAGGGCAUGGCAAUGCUGAUGUGGCAGCAUGGAGAGGAAGCAAUUGCGAAAGCUCUGGUGGCAGCCAAGUUGUACAAGGCUUUAGCACACGAAGCAGCUGAUGAUGAUUUAGAGACAGAGGUUUAUGAAGAACUCAAGGGAUAUGCAAAAGAAUUUGAGACUCUUGCCUUGCAGGUGAUGGACUACUGCUACCGGCAAGAUGAUGACCGGGCACAGCAGCUUCUGACCUAUGAGCUGAAAAACUGGUCCAAGCAGACCUGCCUCUCGCUGGCUGUGGCAGACAACCAUCGUGCUCUGCUGUCCCACACCUGCUGUCAGAUCCUCUUGGCAGACCUCUGGCUUGGAGGACUUAGAACCAGGAAGAAUACCAACAUAAAGGUGAUGUUGAGCCUCCUGUUUCCGCCACUGGUCUUGCUACUGGGCUUCAGGAGCCGUGAGGAGCUCAAAACAAUGCCUCAGACUCGUGAGGAACACCAGUAUGAUGACCCAGAGAGAUCCUCAGACUCUGAGAGUGAUACAGACUCGGAUGAUGAAAACAUGGACCUGAGGAAUGACCAUGAUCCAGAGGCCCAACUGGUCAACUCUGUGUCGCUUCCCUCUCACCCCGUCACCCCAACCCUCCAGCCUGAGGCACCUCUAUGCAACAGCAACAGUGCAGGGCCUAUACCCAGCACCCUUGUUGUCCCACCCGUGCCUGAUGCUUCAAGUUUCAUUGAUGAACACCAUUCAUCAGUGAGACAGAACGGAGUGUCCGGUGGUCAUCUGUCAGUCUUGGACACAUCAGCUUUUCUCACUAGCCGCUCAAAGCAGCUCUCUGCAAGAAUAAAGUUUUAUGAGUUCUACAAUGCUCCAAUUGCAAAAUUCUGGGCUCAUUCUAUAGCUUAUGUUUUCUUCCUGUGUUUGUUCACCUAUGUUGUUCUGGUGAGACUCCACAAACAGCCACAGUGGAUGGAGUGGUAUGUUAUUGCAUACAUUUCCACACUUAUUCUGGAAAAGGUGCGGGAGAUACUGUCUACAGAACCAGUGGAAUUAAAGCAAAAAAUAACUGUGUGGUCAGACAAAUUGUGGAAUGUGUGUGACUUGUUAUUUGGAGUGCUGUUCAUGAUUGGCAUGACACUGAGAUUACAAGACCAGAUGAUGCAAGCUGGCCGGGUUAUUUAUUGUGUUGAUAUCAUAUAUUGGUAUCUGAGAAUUUUAGAGAUCUUAUCAGCAAACAAAUAUCUUGGUCCACUGGUGAUGAUGAUGGGGAAGAUGAUCAAGAAUAUGGCUUACUUUGUGGUGCUGCUGCUGGUGGUGCUGAUGGCCUUUGGAGUUUGUCGGCAAAGCAUCCUCUACCCAAAUGAGGAGCCACACUGGCGACUGGCUCGACACAUCUUCUAUCAGCCCUAUUUUAUGUUGUACGGUGAAGUGUUUGCUGGUGACAUUGAUCCGGAUUGUGGCGGCGAGGGCCAGAUUCCAUGCCACCCAGGGCGGUGGCUCACCCCAACAGUCAUGUCCAUGUACCUACUGGUGGCCAACAUUCUCCUCAUCAACCUACUCAUUGCAGUGUUCAACAACAUCUUUCAGGAAGUCAAUGCAAUAUCCCACCAGGUGUGGAUGUUCCAAAGAUUUCAGGUUGUGAUGGAAUUUGAAGGCAAGCCAGUGUUCCCUCCACCUCUUAUCAUCCUGUCACACAUUCAUCGGGUCAUCAAGUACGUCUUCAGGAGAUGGAAAGGAAAGCCACUCCUAUAUGACAAUGGUCUCAAGUUGUUCCUCGAUGGAGAGUCUUUAGAACGUUUGCAUGACUUUGAGGAGGAGUGCAUGGAUGGCUAUAACAGAGAGAAAGAUCAAAAGGAGCAGAUGAGCACAGAGGAACGUGUGCGCAUCAUGGCUGAGCGAACAGAGGGCCUGGCACAGAGAAUUGAAGACAUGCAUGCAAAAUUCAUUGGAGCAAUGACAUCAGUGAAUAAUCUAGAUUUUCAUAUAAAGAGACUGGAGGAAACGAUGGAGCAAACCAAGAAUAGUUAUGCUGUUGUUCACCGAUUCAUGUUGAGUCAUGUGAAGCAGAGGAGAUCUGCUUCACCUUGUUCAGGAUCGGGCAGCCCCAAGUCUGAUGAAGGCUGCACAUCACGUUCUGUGUCUCAGACAAGCUUGCAUCAAAUGUUAGAGGAAACAGAGAAGCUCAUGAGCAGGAGACACACCCCUGAAGAAGAGACAAGUGAUAAGGAAGUUAGUGACACAACUGAUGCUGAACAUGAAGCUGCACGACCCAAACUCUCCCCCAAAUCAGGACACUUUGAAGAACUCCUAACAUCCACUCACUUGGGAAUGCUGGAAGGACUCAGUUUUGAGUCUAUGAAAGCUUCAGGUGCCAGGCAAGCCAAGCGGCAAAGUCGUCGCUCAAAACAGAGAUUAGAUUCUGAGUCAGGAAGUUCUCAAGGUCGUGCAUCAAGGGAGCGGAGAUCUUCUGGAGGCCGAAAAAGUAGUAUACGCAAGUCUUCCAAUGUGUCUGGAGAUUCAAAGCCAAUGUUCAUUCCUAAAGUUUGCUUUAUGGAUGACACUGAAGAAAUUCCUGGACACCCUUCCCCUCCCAAGUAUGAAAGGUGUCUCUCUAACCCCAAUCAGCCCAUCAUUCAAGUCAUUCCCCCAUCCUCCCCUCCCCAAAUCUUCACCUUUGCUAGUGAAUAUACAAGUCUGGCAGAUGAACUGGAGACUGUCUGCAGGCUGUCUCCUCCCUCAUCUCCACACCUACAUUUCCAAAGCAGAGGCGCUCCUCCAAUUCGUCGUCGUUUCUUGUCAGAAUCUGCUGGAAUUUCCAUCACUAUCAGCUCCAACCCACUGCGGGAUGCAGAGGAAGCUGAUUACCAGCUGAUGGAAGGUUUGAUUCAGAGGAGAAUGCAUAGAGAUUCUGAAAAUUUGGCAGUUUCCCUAGAGGACCUUUGUUCAGUGAAGACAGACUUCUCUGAUGGGGAAGAUGGAGUGUAUUCUCACCUUGGAAGGAGAGAUUCAAGGGCAACAGAGCUUCGAAAGAGACAUAGUACAAGUAUUGACAACAACUUGCCCGAUAUGUUGUCUGUCCCAAGAUCCAUCCCACUGACAUCCUCCCGUAUCCUUUCCCCAACUGGACGCAGAUCCUCUUUUGUGUGUAGUAGUGAAACUACUCGGCUGGCCAUUUCCCAGCCCAACAGCCCCAGCACUCGCCGGUCUUCCAUACAUGGGGAUAUGCGCACCCACUGGGCUUCCUCCAGCGCCCUGCCACAAUCUGAGGCAUGGCAUAGGGCAAGGCCAUCUCCCCGUCCACAUUCGCCUCCAUGCGUGCUGCCUCAGGUGUUGCCUGUUCCCAAGACUCCAAGCAUAACUGCCUCAGUUCAAUCUGACAGUCAGCCCUUCAUGGCCACCCUGCAGGUACCUGCUGUCACUGAAUUAGAGGGCAGACCUAAAGAUUCCAUCACCGAAACAGAGUGUUAAUAUUUAAGUGAUACAUAUAUCAACUCGAGUCAUAGAAAUUAAACAUACUAUGAACAUUAGCUCAGUAUUUUGAAAGUAUAAAUGUUUGUCAAUUAAAAAGCUGUAGAGACUAGCUUCUUUAAUUGCUUUUAUUAGAUUUCAGUAAUUUAAAGAUUUUAUCACUACAUUUUUAUAGUUUUUGUCUCAAAUUUUAGCAUUUCAUCAGUUGUUGAUUUAUUAGAAAUGAGCAAUAAUUACUUAAUUAACUUUAUUAAAGAAGCAAUAAGAGUGCAAUGUUGUAUGAAAGUAAUUUAAGCAUAUGUGGAACUAUAAUUUUUACUAAUGGGUGAUAUUAUCCAGCAGUGGUAUUGGGAGGAACAUAAGAUUUGAGAAGCUAUUUGCAAAUAAAGAAUGAUUAUAUUUUUUAUAA